AUGAAGCGGCGAAGUCAAGGCCUGCGGAAGCUCCAUUCUUUGUGGAUUCUUAUGGGCCCACUUCGCCUGUGCAGUUUCCUUGCUAUUGAAUUUGUGUCUGAUCACGCAUUCGGCUUUGUGUCCAGAUGCACGUCUCGAUUGGUCGGCAUCCCACGUGCCGGAGGCACCCAGGCUGACAAGACAAGCAGAGGUGUCGUCGCAGACCCGCCGGUUCGAACCCGGCCACCAGCCACCCUUUCGGAAGUCUCGAAUCCGAAGGCCGAUUGGACGGAGUGCCUUAUCAAGAAUCCCGUGGUUACUGCCGACCAGAAUGCAUUGCGCAUUGAGACGUGGGUGUUUCGAACCGCGGACUUUGGGGAUUUCCAGCGGCAUCUGAAGAUACGAGGCUUCGAGAAUGCGGGUGAGACUGCGAGCCUGUCGUGCCGCGAGCGCCAGGUCGAUCCCGAGGUCAGAUGUUCCGAGUGUGUGAGAUUGCUUCGUGGCGGCUAUUAUGGUCACUUGGGAGUUUGUGUUCCGGCAUACCCACCACGCCAGGAUGCGAUCGGCUGCCUAGCCUUGUCACGGACAAUAGACAUGCCAGCCCCUGCUACAGAAGAAGACGAUAGCGGAGACUGGGAUGGAGACCAAGGGCGCCAAACUGCUUUUUGCAACAGUGUUAAUGUUCGGUUCGACAAGGUAAGUUCAUGA